AUGGCUCUCGCAGCCUUCUGCCAUUCUGAGCUGCAAGAGAUGGUGAGAUCAGCUGUCUUGCUCUCCCCCACCGCUUACUUGAACCUGAUCGGACCCGCUUUUGUGAGGAUUGGAGUGGAACUUUUUUGUGCCAGAGUGAUCCGACGAGGCACCCUAGCCAAGUUCGAUUACGACGACUGCGACAAGAACACGAAGCAUUACGGGCAAGAGGUUCCUCCGGCUUACGUCAUCUCGUCCUUCCCCCAUGACCUUCCUCUACUGCUGGGUUACGGGGGGGAAGACGGCCUCUCCGAUGGUGGCGAUGGCUUGCGCUUGAUGGAUGGCCUCAGGUUUCACGACCAGCACAAGUUGACCGUUCUGUAUCGGCUCGACUAUGGCCAUGACGACUUCAUCAUGGCCGUCAAUGCCAAGCAGUUAGUAUAUGACCGGGUGAUUGGCUUCUCGAAGCUCCACUGA